AUGACCGACUCAGCCGCCGGAACCUCCGCCAUCCGCAUGAACUACACCACCGACUGCGAGGCGGCCAUCAACAAGCAGAUCAACAUCGAGCUCUACGCCUCGUACACCUACAUGUCGAUGGCCUUCUACUUUGACCGUGACGACGUCGCCCUCCCCAAUGUCGCCAACUGGAUGCGAAAGCAGAGCGAUGAGGAGCGCGAGCACGCCAUGAAGCUCAUGAAGAUGCAGAACCAACGUGGUGGCCGCAUUGCCCUCCAGGCCGUGCAGAAGCCCGAGAAGGACAGCUGGGGAUCAGCGCUUGAGGCUUUCCAGGCCGCGCUCGCCCUCGAGAAGUUCAACAACAAGAGCCUGCUCGAACUCCACGGCGUCUGCGCCAACUCCAACGACGCCCAGAUGACGUCGUUCGUCGAGGACACGUUCUUACACGAGCAGGUGGAGUCGAUCGAGGAGAUUGGCCGCAUGGUGGCCAACCUGAAGCGCGCCGGGCCGGGUGUCGGCGAGUACCUCUUCGACCGCCAUCACUUCGGAUCAUCC